CGUAGCGUUGGAAUUUCGUAGCGAAGGUUUUAAUUUAUUUAAAUGGCGUCUAAAAGUUCACGAAGCUUUCGAGCUCGAAGAAAAGUUACUAUUAAUGUUGUUGGAGAAUACAAAAGAAAAGUUACAAAAAAUUGGUACGGUUCUAACAAUGUUGAAACUCAACCUUUAAAAAAAAACAAAGAUGUUGAUGACGAUGAGGUGUCUACCAGCAGCUCUCAGAACUACGAUAAUAAUAUAGUUAUCAAACAAUCAUUUUAUAAGAGAUUACAGCCUCCAUAUAAUGAUAUUACGAGGAAAAAGGCAGAAAAUUGGUGUGCAUUAAAAAAACAAGCAAUAGCUUUAAAGUUGCAAAGUUCAUCUGUAUCACUGUUAGCAACAAGAUGAACUGAUAAUGAAACUGGAAAAAAUACUGAACCUUUGUUAGACAUACCUUGUUGUAUGUGUGAUAAGGAUGACUCUAUAGAUCAAUUAAUACAGUGUCCGGAUUGUUCUUUUAUUUGGUAUUGCCGUGAGUGUUUGGAGCAUUAUCACCAAAAACUUUCUCUUUUUCAUAAAGCUCGUGUUUGGUGUUCACAGGUUGGGUAUUUUAAGCAAUAUAACUGUGCAAUGCGAGUCAUCAAGUCCUCUUCUUGUAAAUGUGUAAAUUCUUUGAACAAAGAAUUGAUUGUCUUUGAUUAUUCAGGUAGACAACAUCAGUCAUUGGUCGCUGAAUGUUUAUGUUCAUCUAAUAUUGUGGAUAUUUUGCUGGAGAAAAGUUUCUGGCCUAGUUCUCCUGUAAAUCCAUCUGCAGCAUUUAGCUAUGAGUUGAUGGAUUUGAUGGAAGCCUUGUUCCUAGAUGGAUAUGUUUCUGUGAAAUCAUUCUGUAAAGCAUUAUAUACUAAAUCAAAAGGAGAUGAUUAUAUCAAGAUUGACGCGAUAUAUAAAAUGGUAACUGGUGAAUGUUUUCUGAGCUAUCAAAUGAUGAUGUAAUACUCUCUAAUCUCAAAUAUAUAAAAAAUUCUCUUUCUGAGCUAAUACAAAUGAUGAUGUAAUACUCUCUAAUCUCAAAUAUAUAAAAAAUUGUUACUUAGUUCAAUGGAUGAAAGAUCCCCUAAACAAAUAAGUUUG